AUGCGCCUCUCCAAAACCCUUGUCGACAUGGACAUGGCUGACUACAGUGCUGCGCUGGACCCAGCCUACACCACCCUGGAGUUUGAGAAUGUGCAGGUGCUGACGAUGGGCAAUGACACAUCCCCAUCAGAAAGCGCCAACCUCAACACACCCAACAGCCUGGGCGUCAGCGCCCUAUGUGCCAUCUGUGGGGACCGGGCCACAGGAAAACACUAUGGGGCCUCGAGCUGUGAUGGCUGCAAGGGCUUCUUCCGGAGAAGUGUGAGGAAGAACCACAUGUACUCCUGCAGAUUUAGCCGGCAAUGCGUGGUGGACAAAGACAAGAGGAACCAGUGCCGCUACUGCAGGCUCAAGAAGUGCUUCCGGGCUGGCAUGAAGAAGGAAGCCGUCCAGAAUGAGCGGGACCGGAUCAGCACUCGAAGGUCAAGCUACGAAGACAGCAGCCUGCCCUCCAUCAACGCCCUCCUACAGGCUGAAGUCUUGUCUCAGCAGAUCACUUCCCCUGUCUCUGGGAUCAAUGGUGACAUCCGGGCCAAGAAGAUCGCCAGCAUCUCGGACGUGUGCGAGUCCAUGAAGGAGCAGCUGCUGGUGCUGGUCGAGUGGGCCAAGUACAUCCCAGCUUUCUGCGAGCUCCCCCUGGACGACCAGGUGGCCCUGCUCAGAGCCCACGCCGGGGAGCACCUGCUACUCGGAACCACCAAGCGAUCCAUGGUGUUCAAGGACGUGCUGCUCCUAGGCAAUGACUACAUCGUCCCCCGGCACUGCCCAGAGCUGGCGGAGAUGAACCGCGUGUCCGUGCGCAUCCUGGACGAGCUGGUGCUGCCCUUCCAGGAGUUGCAGAUCGAUGACAAUGAGUAUGCCUGCCUCAAAGCCAUCAUCUUCUUCGACCCAGAUGCCAAGGGGCUGAGCGACCCAAGCAAGAUCAAGAGGCUGCGUUCCCAGGUGCAGGUGAGCCUGGAGGACUACAUCAAUGACCGCCAGUACGACUCACGUGGCCGUUUCGGUGAGCUGCUGCUGCUGCUGCCCACCCUGCAGAGCAUCACCUGGCAGAUGAUUGAGCAGAUCCAGUUCAUCAAGCUUUUUGGCAUGGCCAAGAUCGACAACCUACUGCAGGAGAUGCUGCUGGGAGGUCCAUGCCAGCCCCAGGAGGGGCUGAGAGGGUCCUCCAGUGAUGCACCCCACGCCCACCACCCCCUGCAUCCUCAUCUGAUGCAGGAACACAUGGGCACAAAUGUCAUUGUUGCCAACACGAUGCCUGCUCAUCUCAGCAAUGGACAGAUGUGUGAGUGGCCCCGUCCCAGGGGGCAGGCAGCUACCCCUGAGACUCCACAGCCCUCACCACCAGGUGGCUCAGCGUCUGAGCCCUACAAGCUCCUGCCAGGAGCCAUUGCCACGAUUGUCAAGCCCCCCUCUGCCAUCCCCCAGCCAACCAUCACCAAGCAAGAAGUCAUCUAGCAAGCCGCUGGGGGUCGGGGGCUCUGCUAGCUCCCCGCAGCCCCCUCAAAGAGCGCCUGGUGAUCACUCGAUUACAGCUAAAGAAGGCAUGACAACAGGGCCAGGCCCAGAGCAGUAAUGGAAAGGGCAAAGGGCCCGAGGACUUGUGCCAAGGGAUAUAUCCCAUUGCCACCCUUCACCCUCUGCUCUGGGUGACAGGGCUUUGACUUCGGGAGACCCUGGCUGGAAAGCUGCCUUGGACAGCUUUUCUCAUGCCGAAGACACUGCCUUCACCUUCAUCCAUAUCCAACCCCAGUUUCUUCACCCCAAAGGACAGCUGUCUGGAGACAAUACGGAACCCUCCUUAAACAUAGCUCCUUUCUCCCUCAGCCUCUCUAAGUAUGGACAUAAUACCCAGACACAGAGCCCUUUUAGGGUGGGUCAGAUUGCAGCACAUUAACCCUCCCAGUUCUGCCACAUCAAACUCAAAUGUUCCUCCCCUCCACUGUCACCAUCCUUAACCAGUAGCUGUUAAGUUGAUCCUGACUCAUGGCCACCCCAUGUGUGUCAUAGUAGAGUUGUGCUCUGCAGAGUUUUCAAUGGCUGGUUUUUCAGAAGUAGGUCACCAGGCCUUUUCCAAGGCACCUCUGGGUAGACUUGAACCUCCAACCUUUCAGUUAGCCACUGAGCCCAUUAAACAUUUGCACCACCCAGGGAUCCUAUUUUUUCUGAAGCUACCUCUCCAGAGGCUGAAGAAGACUCCUAACCAAUUCCCCCAGUCAUUCCAGGAACAUGUUAAAACACUGGGGCCAGGCACAGCAUAGGAGACUGUUGAAAAGGAAGAGACAGUUCCUUCUCUCACCCCACCUCACUUCCCUUCUUCAAGGACUUGUGUGGGUGUUUGGAGUCUGAUCCCUAUAGGCUUUCAACAAUGAGAGAACCAUCCAAGGUUGAAAACUGCAACAGGAACUUGGAGGGAGGGCUGGAGUAUCAGAGAGAGCACCCGGAAGGAGGCAGACUGUCCGCAAGGCCUUGAAGGAAGGGUAGGAUUAGAGCUGGUGGAGCAGAUGAGACAGGACAUUCCAUGUGAGGGGAAACAGCCUGGGCAAUGGCUAGAUGUCAGAAGAAUGGUGUUAGGAGGAAGGCGGUGAAGAGACCAGACUGUCUGGAGCAGAGAGGGCAUGGGGGCUUUGAAUGCCAGUCUGAGCCCUAUAGACUUGGUUUCCUAGGUCAUGAGUAGCUGAGCUAGGUUCUCAGAAGAUGAAUACAACAGUCCUAUAGAGGUUAGUAGUGGACUGAAACAUACCAACAAUCACAAAGGUGGCACAGGACCUGGUAAUGUUUUGUUCUGUUAUAGAUAAGGUCACUAUGAGUUGGAGUCGACUCGACAGCACCUAACAACAACAGCAACAGAGAUUGGCAGGUUGGGAAGGAGCAGGGAGGUCAGAUGGGGGCCCUGAUAUAAUCCAGGUGAGAGUGAUGAGAACCUGAACUACAGCGUGGCUUGGGGAUGGAGAAGGAGGGAUGGUGAGCCCUCUCGGAUCACAGAGAUAUGAAGGAGGAAUUAGCCCCGUCUUAAGGCACUUAACAUGCAUCAUCUCAUUUAUCCUCACAAUUACCCAGAGAUCACUACAGAAGAUGAACUUGAGUUCCAAGAGGUUAAGCGAUUUUUCUGGAACUCACACAGCUAGUAAGUGGCAGAAUAAGGACUUGAACCCAUUUUGCCUGCCUGGAUCAGAAUGGAAGCUCUUAACCACAGUAGCUGAACAUCCUCUCUGAAAGGGCCCCUCUGUCUCACUGUGAUCAAGUUGAGAGACUUUCUGCCCCCUUCACCAUCCUCAGAAGCCAAAGCUCCCUUUCCCCCAGGAGCCCUGCCCCCUCCCAGGUGUAAGAUUGGCUCGAGGGUGCACCAAAAUCCACUCAGGGUCCAGAAUUCUGUUUGCCGGUCAACAUUAAGGAGAAUUCAUGACUCCUGGACCCUUUUUGCUCUUCACUCUUCAAGUCUGGGAGAGGGACAGCAGGGUGUUGGUUCCUGGGAGAAGAACCCAUCUGGCCUGGUAGCCUCGGGGUGGGACAGUGGAGAUGGGGGAGGACAGAAUGAUAGAAAUGGGGGGCACCAGAAGGGUAGAGACCUGCCCUGGGGAGUACCACUCAAGGUGCUGCCUGGAAACAUUAAACCCCAGGAAGGAGCAGUCAGUGUCUCACCCAUGCAGAAUUUUGGUGAUUUGGGAAAUUCUGGAAAAUGCCACUGUGUCCUGGGGCUGGAAGCAUGGUUAGGUAGAAGGGUGAAUGGUUUGACUGGCUACCUGCCCCCACCCAGGGCUGACCUUCUGAGUGGAUGGGGGCAGUAUCCCAGUGGCCAGAAAUUCUAACACUAGUGAUUAUUCCUUUUUGAGAAAGAGGCAUGGAGAGUACAAUUGGCAGUGUGUGCAAGAGAAAUCGCCUCACAUCCCACGGCUGUCAAGAUUGUCUUUCUCCACCCUACCAAAACAGUCCCCAAUCCUAGGAGAGGCUGUUUCCUGCUCAAGGCUCUCAGCCUUCCUCAGCCCACCUCACUCCAAUUCUCCAGAAAUCCCAGGCAGAGGGGCUCAGACUGGUCUGGGGCAGGGCAGGGAAGCUGGAAUCAUUCUGGUUUUCACCAUCAUUCCCACCCUUUGUUCCUUCACCCUCAAAUGUUGCUCAGGCCUCUGCCUUGGAAGCAAAGCUGAGAGAACUUUCUAUGGGGGUGGAGAAGGGUAACAAUGUCCUUUUAGGGCUAGCAACCUUCUGAGGCAGGAGAUCAGUCCUGUACCCCAGACCUCCGCUUUCUGCCUUGUGGACUAAGAAAGGGUUGGGAGAGCCCAGCAUGGACCCCACAAUGCUUCCACCUAGACACCCCCUCUCCAGGCAGCUCUCAGCGGGCUACAGAAUCUACACACCUCUUCUGGGAGUGGACAGAAGAAAGCAUCAGAAAUGGACAUGCCUUGGUUUCUUGUGAUGAUCAAGCCAGUUGCUUUUGCCAAAUUGUUUUAUGAUCUACCCUGAUUGGACUAAUUGUGAAACUCACAUCAAGCUGGAGGGUCCCAUCAGACCAAUCAGCAUCUUCCUGCAGGUGCGACUGUCAUUAGGUUCCCUGUUGACCCCUGCAGCUCCCAUCACUGCCACUCAGUGGGGCAAAGAAGCAAAAAACAUUUCUUACUCUUGUGUGUUUUAACAAAAAAAGUUUAUAAAACAAAAAUAAAUGGCGCAUAUGUUUUCUAACUCCUUGGAUCGGUCUUUUUUUUUCAGGUGUUAGAAAUAAGAACGAGAAUAGUUGUAUAAUCCUUUACAGUGUAAAAACAAAAAGUUUUCACAUCUGUUAUUGUAUUUUUAAUUUUCAUAUCAAGAGGUAAGCAGCUUAGACAUUAUUAUUAGCCCUCACUUUAUAGAUAAGGAAACUGGGGCUCAAGGGAAGUUGUUUUCCUUGAGGGGCUGAGGUGGGAAUUGUGUCUUGGCUCCAAGAACUCUGAAUGCAGAGAAAGUGAAAGAUGACCCUACCUCCUGAAUAUGAGGGCAGUGAGGGACAGAGUGAUGAAAGGAUCUGAGAGAAUGGCAAGAGCACAAGGAUCUGUCAUCUACCACAGAGCCCAAGAUGGAGCCCUGUAUUGGGUCACCUCCAGGGACCUUGGUUAACUAACAAUAGCAGACAAUCUAGCAAGGGGAGAUUUCAUAAAAGCAAGUGUUGUUUUAAAAAAGAAUUUCCAGCUACAUCUUCAGUCACUUUGGUCCUUCCCCCUGCUAAAUUACAUGGGUAGCACUGUGCCUUGGCCAUCAGGGACCACAGCCUUAUCUUUUUCAUGUGGUGGUGAGUUGGAGCCAGCUCGUAAGAACAGGUUGUUAGUUUUCUUCCCAACCCUGUGCUCAUUGAUGUCACGUUAAUAGCAGUGGUGGGAGCAUUUACACCACUAACAAUGGCAGAUGCCA